UCAUUAUACACUACAGACUGUACACAAGAGGCAUUAAUGGGUUCAAUAAUAAAGUAGCUUGCUGACUGUGAAAGGAAUAAAUGGCAAGAUCUGCCUCUGUGGAGCUCCUUGUGUAGUGCGUUGCUAGAAGAGACCUCAGGAUCUUAUUAUUCAAAAGGCAGCUACUAAACAGAAUCCCGUGUGCUGCCAUGGACAGUGUGAAGAUGGAAUCUGUCCAGAUUAAAGAGGAGUUCCCUGAACUUGAACUUGUCCCCAGAGUGGAGUUCUCUGGGCUGGCUUCCCUCCCCAUUAAACAGGAGCUCUGUGAGAUGCAAUGUGACAGCAGUCAGCCAGAGGUCUCUGAGAUUAAAGCUGAGCACAAUGAAUUGGAGAUCCCCCAGACAGAAGAACCCCUUCCUGUUAAACAAGAAGAGGUGCUGGAAACUGUCCGUAUUAAACAGGAGCCCCCUGAAGUAGAGUUUGAGCACAUGGAACCAGGGAAGGAAGAAUCUGAGGACUUCAAACCAAACAUCCCUGAGCUGGAGCCUGUACACCUGCGGGAGUGUAGCAUGGUGCUGGAGAGAAUCUGCGUGAGAGAGCAAGGCGCUGGAGAGGAAGGCUCUCCCAACAGCAUGCAAGGAGGUGGAAAGGAAGACGGGCGCUCCCAUUCAGAAUGCAGUCUAGCAGGUUCCAGUCCAGCAGCUAAAGCGAGGGCGGACAGUGGAGAAUAUCCUGACUGUGGAAAAGGUUUCACCCAGUUAGGACAUUUUAAAAUGGACCAGCGAACUGAUACAGCAGAGAAACCGUAUCGCUGCUCUGACUGUGGGAAAAGCUUCAGUCAGUCAACCAACCUUGUUUCACACCAGCGAACUCACACAGGAGAGAAACCCUAUCACUGUUCUGACUGUGGGAAAAGCUUCAGUCAGUCCGGACACCUUGCUUCACACCAGCGAAUUCACACAGGAGAGAAACCGUAUCGCUGCUCUGACUGUGGGAAGAGUUUCAGUCACUCGGGAAACUUGAAGACACACCAGGUAAUUCACACAGGGGAGAGACCGUAUCGCUGCUCUGACUGUGGGAAAAGUUUCAGUCAAUCAGGAACCCUGAUAGCACACCAGCGAAAUCACACGGGACAGAAACCGUAUUCCUGCUUUGACUGUGGGAAGAGUUUCAGUGUUUCAGGAGACAUGAAAAAUCACCAGAGAAUUCACACAGGCGAGAAACCGUAUCGCUGCUCUGACUGUGGGAAAAGUUUCAGUCGGUCAACACACCUGAAAACACACCAACGAAUUCACACAGGCGAGAAACCGUAUCGCUGCUCUGACUGUGGAAAGAGUUUCGGUCAGUCAGGAGACAUGAAAAAUCACCAGAGAAUUCACACAGGAGAGAAACCGUAUCACUGCUCAGACUGUGGGAAGAGUUUCAGUCGGUCAGCUCACCUGAAAACACACCAGCGAAUUCACACAGGCGAGAAACCGUAUUGCUGCUCCGACUGUGGGAAGAGUUUCAGUAGGACAGACAGCCUUGUUUUACACCAGCGAAUUCACACAGGAGAGAAACCGUAUUGCUGCUCUGACUGUGGGAAGAGUUUCAGUAGGACAGACAGCCUUGUUUUACACCAGCGAAUUCACACAGGAGAGAAACCGUAUCACUGUUCUGACUGUGGGAAGAGUUUCCAUGUUAAACACAACCUUCAAAAACACAAACAAAUUCACAGUAUGGACAGAGAUUAAGGGGGUCAGUAAUUUCAGAAAAUCCACCCUAUCUUUUAAUAAACACUUUCUACACACCGGGUGGCUGCAACUGUCGCUACUGCCUGCGCUCUCUGCUUUAGGAACUGCCCCUCACACCAGGCAUCGCCAGAUUCGAGGCUGGCGGGGUCAGCUUCUAGCAGCACCUGCACAAGCUACUGCAACAAUACACAACCGUUUUGUGAGAGAGCGACUUACUGAGCUUCGGCUAAUUUUAAAACAGUGAACUUCAACAUGUUUCAAGCUGUAUCUCAGCUAAGAAAAUUACUAUUAGCCUAAAUGUGAUCGAGGAUAAAAUGGAGAGUUCAAUGAAACUGGUCUGCUUAGUGAUUCUUAUUAGACUUUGCUGCUCAGCAUGACAAAGAAUUAAGAACAUAAGCAAGUUUACAAACGAGAGGAGGCCAUUCAGCCCAUCUUGCUCGUUUGGUUGUUAGUAGCUUAUUGAUCCCAGAAUCUCAUCAAGCAGCUUCUUGAAGGAUCCCAGGGUGUCAGCUUCAACAACAUUACUGGGGAGUUGGUUCCAGACCCUCACAAUUCUGCGUAAAAAAGUGCCUCCUAUUUUCUGAUCUGAAUGCCCCUUUAUCUAAUCUCCAUUUGUCCCCUGGGUCGACAUUGUUUAUACCUUUUAGGAUUUUGAAUGCUUGAAUCAGAUCUUUGUUCAAGACUGAAUAGAUUCAAUUCUUUUAGCCUGUCUGCAUACAACAUGCCUUUUAAACCCGGGAUAAUUCUGGUUGCUCUUCUUUGCACUCUUUCUAGAGCAGCAAUAUCCUUUUUGUAACGAGGUGACCAGAACUGAAUUCAAUAUUCUUACUAAUGCAUUGUAAAGUUUUAACAUUACUUCCCUUGAUUUUAAAUUCAACACUUCUCACAAUAUAUCAGUCUAACAGAGGUCUCUUAACACAGGUGGUCUCUUAAGAGGGCACAUAACUUAUGAAUUAUCUAUUUGUCUCUGACAUGCUUUCCUGUAAUUAUGUAUGUCUUACAUACACUGUAAAAGCCAGAAGAUGUAAUAUGAACAAAAAGAAGUAUGUCAUUUAAUAACAUUCAUUUAGAUAAUGCAUUUACAAAACAAAUUAUUUUGUGAAAGUAAUGAAUGCUUGUAAUACCACGCACAUUGUUUUCAUACUCUUCAUAAGUGUGGCUUGAAUUUUCCUUUUAACAGUUUGCCUUUAAGUCUUAAGCCGCCACAUCCUAAUUAUGAGAACAUUCUGUUAAAUUAGCGGAAAGAACAACACAACACGAAACUGAUACAUUGGAAGCUACCGAGUUCCCAGGCAAGUGCGAGAAUGAAAUGCAAGUUAAAGUAGCAACUGGGGGAAGUGAUUAAUGUCAUUGCAAAUAAUGAAGAAGGUGAAACAGAAUCAGCAAGUCAGUCAGGACAUCAAGGUAAAAAGAAGUGGCUUUGUUUAGUAAUUAACAAUUAGUAAUUUAGUAAUUAGUAAUUGGACAGCAGUGUGGAGUAGCGGUUAGGGCUCUGGACUCUUGACCGGAGGGUUGUGGGUUCAAUCCCUGGUGGGGGACACUGCUGCUGUACCCUUGAGCAAGGUACUUUACCUAGAUUGCUCCAGUAAAAACCCAACUGUAUAAAUGGGUAAUUGUGUGUAAAAAUAAUGUGAUAUCUUGUAACAAUUGUGAGUCGCCCUGGAUAAGGACGUCUGCUAAGAAAUAAAUAAUAAUAAUUAACAGUUUAAUUAAGAUAUUCAAUCAGCUCAAAACACGGUCACGUGAACAAAUAUAAAAACCUAAAACUUCAAGCCCUAGUUCUUUCUGUUUCACAAUGCUGUAUCUGCUUCUUUCUAGUGCCAAAUUGUUCAGCAGUUUUUCUGGCACUUCCUGUCUUUACAAGUUUAGUAAUUUGAAUUCUGUCAUCUAGGGAGGACCUUUUGUUUCUCCAUAUUUUCUCUCUUUACAAGAGAGCACUAUUGUUUUUGAUUACAGAUAAAAGACCGCUCAAUACAGUUAAAUAAAAGCACAGAUAUCAUUGGGAGGAAUUUCAAGUGGUCUCUAAGACCAGGUGGUUGCAUGAGCAGGUUUGACAGUAUGAAUGUAAAAUGAAAGAUUACCCUGCAAACAAAGAUUCCACAGGGAGUGCUGUCCUGCUGCUUCGGAUGGGGAACAUGACCACCUCCAUACUGGCAGACCUUUCUUAAAAAGCUCUAUAAAAAGAAGGAAAAAAAUGGACCCAAAAUUUAAAAUGGUUAACAAUGUAUCAAAUUAGCAAAAAAAAAAAGUUAAUUUAAAAAUUCACAAGAAAAAGUAUUGUCAUGAUAUUAAUACUGCGGUUGCAUUAAAAACACAUUUUUAAAUAACCUUACUUCACGAACUUGUGGCAUUUCUGCAGUGCUCGACAUCCGUUUGUUGUUCUACAAGAGAAUUGAGGUACGCUGCUUUUUUCACUGAUACAUAGCCUAUAACACACAAAGUGUAUGCAUUGUGUGUAGUUUGUUUACUGCAGGCUCAAACACCUUACAGUUCUUUGUGUGCAUACCUGAAUUAUUACUAUUCCUGUCAGGCUAUAAACCAUUGUAACAAACGCAGUGUGACAGGGCAGGCACCCGGCACAUUAAAAUGGUGAGUAUUCAUUUAGAAUGUUUAUCCUCCUGUGUGGCUGAUAAUGGAAAAUAUACAAAAUAUGUAGCUAAUACUUCAAGAAGGAGUUAGGGUUUGGUUUCUUUGUUUGUUUUUGUCUAUGAAUAGAAACACAGGAGUGCCCUGUUUUGAUCCCUUAGUUCUGUUGUGUUGUUGUGAUUUCCACCAAAGUCUGUGUAAAAGAGCCCAGAAAAGUGUACAAAGCAAAGUGCUUUACCAGAGUAGACACAAUUAUACAUCUCAAGCUUCAUUGACAAGGGAAUUGAAAGAUCUACUUUAGAAAACGAGGAUGUUCUGAAUGAAUACUACUCUUGUCAUGACACAGGUGUAUAAUGCUUCCAGAGUUAUGCAGGGGCUUACCACUAAUGUCCAGUGAGGAUGAUCACUCACAGCACCCAGUAGCACCUUACACUGGGGUGGAUCAGCCUGCAAAGGCAUGUCCAGAUUAUUUGCAAGAUAAAUUUGCAUCAUUCCUUAACAAUUUACUCAGUACACAAAAUUACUAACCGCUGUCACAGAGGGGGCUUCCUAUUUCAAAUUUGCAUCAUUGCAUUACUGUCUAUAAGGAAGGCUUGGUCUGCUGCAGUGUUGUGUCUCUGUACCAGUGAAAGUAUGGACGCAUUUUCACCUGUAAUAUUUCAUUUUGGUCAAUUCUGCAACAAUCAAUAAUGUGACUAAAAAUAAAUGGUUUAAUGGUAAUUUAUUCAUGUUAAAUGAUUUUAUAGGAAGUCUUGGAUAAUAACAGCCUUUCUAGAAAACAUGUAUUAUUGUUAUUAUAGUCAUAGUAAUAACUUAGCUAAAGCUUAAGUUGAAAGUCAGACAGCACCAGGGCCGCCGAGAGCCGUCAUGGGCCCCGGGGAAGGAUUGGUAUGUCCCACUCCCCUCCCCUCCCCGGAACUACAUUCAUCUGACUUUGUAGUAUACUGUAGUCUAAACCAAGCAAUGAUACUUGCAAUCUUAGCAGUGUCUGAGGAAGAUCAUUUCAACCGAUACAGUAUUUUGAUAAUGGGUUUGAAGGAAACUGUCAACGACACCUAGAAGUUUCAAUAUCUCAAUGCAGCAGGAUAGUUUACUCUUUCUCAGAGUAGUUGUGUUUAAGUUAUUUACAGUAUUCAAACUUUUUUUUAAGGUAAGUGAAUAAAUAAUUUUUUUUGUACAAAC